AUGGGUAAUUUUUUAAUUUUGAAUUUAAAUUUAAAACGAGGAAUAAACUAAGUAAAUCUGCCUUAAUAAAACUAAGAAAUAAUCCAAUAUUUAAAGACUAAAAAUAUGAACGAUUUAAUUGAAUCUAUAGAAUUAAUAAAAGAUUAUUACCCUUCGAAUUCUACAUUUAAUAUAGAAGAAUUUUCGGAUACUUUUUCAAUAUUAUUAGGAGAUUAUUUAGAUUAAUUUUUUAUUUUAUUAGAAAACGAAAAUAAUGUAAACGGGAAAGUUGAUUUAUAUGAAAUUUUAUCUAUUAUAGCUAUUUUGUCAAACGAUAGUUUUGAUUAAAGACUAAAUUUUAUUUUUUAACUAUUCGAUUUCGAUCAGAGCGGAUAAAUCGAAAUAAAGGAACUCGUUUUAAGUAAUUAAGCUUGUAUAAGGGGGAUGUGUAAAAUCGCGAAAUUAGAAAUUCCUACUUUGGAUUAAAUUGAGACUUUUUCAAAAUAAAUAUUUGGAAAUAUAGACAAAGAUAAUAGUAAAGCAAUAAGUUUUUCGGAGUAUAGUAUAUGGAUCAGAUAUAACUUCGAAUUAUAGGAUUUUAUGCUAAGUUAUGCAUAUGUAUAGACUCUAGAAAACGCAGAAAGAAGACUAAGGAUUAAUUUAGUAUUUUAUUUUUAGCUUUUUGAAAAUAUUACGAAGGAAAAUAAAGUCUAAGCAGAUAUCCUUGAAGGCUUUUUAAAAAAAGAAGUACUUUUAUAUGAUGAAGUCUCAAUUUAAUACCUUAUUAAUGUACUCUUGAAUACUAGUAAAAGUUAGUUUCCUAAUAUUUAAGAAGGUAUAGUUUGCUUUGAAAGCUACAAAGAUGUAAUGAAAGCUUGGGCGGCUUUUGAAGCGACAGAUAUUAAUGGAGAUAAUAAACUUUAAAUUACUGAAUUAAAAUUCCUUUUUUAUGCUUAUGAAGGAGAAGAAAUUAGUGAAGAUAGACUUUUAGAUGAAAUGUAAUAAAUAGAUAAGGAUAAAAGUGAAUUUGUUAGUAAAAUAGAAUGGUUAGAAUAUCUUUGUGGAAAUUAAAACAAUAAAUAAAAGAUGGUUUUGAGGACUGAUUUGAAAAGAAUGUUUAAUUAAUAUGAUAAAGAUGGAAACGGAUACCUUUAAAAAAAGAAAUUCAUGAAUUAAUUAGAGCUCAUUUAAAAAAAUAUACAGAAAUGUAUUAGUUGA